GAGGUGACAGAGCGGACAGAGAGCGGGAGGAAAGGUCAGAGACGCAGAGAAACGGGGACUUUUGCCGGAGUGUUUGACUGACAGGCUGGCGGUCGUGAGAUGCAGUCGGACCGCUGACUCGCCGUUCACCCCCUCGGUUUGUUUAACGGCGGCGGGUGUAGGACCGAAGGAGGGCAACGGAACCCGGAGCAGGAACCGCACAGCCACACACUGACGCCGGGAACAGGAGAGGGGACCAUGGGCUCUGCUUCGUCCUCUUACCGUGUCAUUUACCUGGACGUGGACGGCAGGAUUCAGAAGGUGGUCUUCAGUAGAUUCUGCAGCCCUUGUGAUAUCAAGGAACUGUUCUGUACAGCCCUGGGCGUGCCAAGGAAUACUAAUCUGUCCCUGCUGGAUUCCUCUGGAGCCAUGGUGUCCAUCGACCCCACCAUGCCGCACAACACAGAGAGGUCACCCUACCGAGUGGUGCCCAUGACUGGAGGACAGCUUGCUGAUAAAGAGGAACUCUUUCAGAAUGUACUGACGCAAGUAGCAGAACAGUUUUCAAGGGCGUUCAAGAUCAAUGAGCUGAAGACCGAGGUCACCAACCGUCUCGCCAUGUUGGAGAAGAGAGUAGAGUUGGAGGGCAUGAAGGUGGUGGAGAUCGAGAAAUGUCGCAACGACAUCAAGAAGCUCCGCGAGGAGAUGGCAUCACGAAACAACAGUAACUUCCUGGAAGACAAUAAGAAGCUGACUCCUCGAAGAGAUGUGCCCUCCUACCCCAAGUACCAUCUGUCUAAGGAAACAAUAGAAGCUCUUAGAUUACCUACAUUCGAUGCUUGGCAGUGGGAACCCAACGAGAUGCUGAGCUGUCUGGAACACAUGUACCAUGACCUCGGUUUGGUCAAAGACUUCAACAUUAACCCCAUCACACUCAAGAGAUGGCUGUUGUGUAUUCAUGACAACUACAGGAACAACCCCUUCCACAACUUCCGCCACUGUUUCUGUGUCACCCAGAUGAUGUACAGCAUGAUCUGCCUCUGCAGCCUACAGGAGAAGUUCACUCAGGUGGACAUUUUGAUUCUCAUGACAGCUGCUGUGUGUCAUGAUCUUGAUCACCCCGGAUUCAACAACACGUACCAGAUCAACGCCAGAACAGAGCUGGCCGUUCGCUACAAUGACAUCUCCCCUCUGGAGAAUCACCACUGUGCUGUGGCCUUCCAGAUCUUCUCUCAGCCCGACUGCAACAUCUUCUCCAACUUUGACCCAGAGGCCUUCAAACAGAUACGACAGGGAACCAUCACACUGAUCCUGGCCACAGACAUGGCGCGACACGGAGAGAUCCUGGACUCCUUCAAGCAGAAAGUGGAUAACUUUGACUACACUGACGAGGAGCACGUCACCUGUUUGAAGAUGGUGCUUAUCAAGUGCUGCGACAUCUCCAACGAGGUGCGGCCCAUGGAGGUGGCUGAGCCCUGGGUGGACUGUCUGCUGGAGGAGUACUUCAUGCAGAGCGACAGGGAGAAGGCUGAAGGGCUUCCUGUGGCCCCGUUCAUGGACAGAGAAAAGGUCACCAAGCCCACGGCUCAGAUCGGCUUCAUCAAGUUUGUCCUCAUCCCCAUGUUUGAGACUGUGAUGAAGCUGUUCCCACAGAUCGAGGAGGCGAUGGUGCAGCCACUUAGAGAGUCGAGAGACCGAUACGAGGAACUCAAACAGAUUGAUGACGCCAUGAAUGAGGUGCAGAAAAAGAAAAGUGAGAACUUGACCAUGGGCGGGAAGAAGAAGUAAAUAUGUUUAAAAGAGCCAGUGAGUGUGGAGCACAGGAUUGAAGCGGCGCCACGUAAAGCGAACCGGAGUCAUCACACACGUCGGUUCGUAGCGGGCCGACACUCUCUGUCCUCUCCUCACCUCAGCCUGUUGAAGAGCAGUGGACCGCUGGGAUGUGAGAUGUGGGAAAAUCAGGUAGAUUUUCAGUCUGUCAGAAAAGAGAGUGAGUGGAUCUGUGAGAGCAGCUCUCACACAGCGUUACAAGCUAGUGAUGGUCUCAAGGACCAGACGGACAGUCCAAAGCCUUUUUCAGGGAAUGUCACCAUUUGUACAGCACAGACUACUUCAGUGAACAAGAUUUAGAUACAUAUCUUACAUUGUUUUUUUUAUUUGAAAUGUGUUGUUU